AUGCCUCUUCCCACCAUGACACCCUCCGAAAGAGAAUCCCACUUCCACCAUCUCACAACCCUCUGCUCAGAAUUCUACACCCCAACCCACCCCUCCUACUCUGCCCACUCAACUCCUUGGUCCCUCCACUCUCACCUUUCCCCGCAACUCGUCCUCCUCCCUGCAACCCUCCAAUCUCUCCAGGCCAUUCUCGCCUACCUCUACCCUCUCCCCGGCCUCCCCUUCUCCAUCCGCAACACCGGGACGGGCGGCUCCUCCUCUCCUUCCGUCCUGAUCAGCAUGUCCCACUUCAACUCCUUCGCCUAUGAUCCCUCGACUUCCAUCGCAACCGUCGGUGCAGGUCUCUCCUGGGGAGAAGUCGAUACCUUCAUGGAGGAGGCUACAGAUGGGGAAAUGGCUUGUGUGGGAGCGAGAUGUACUUGGGUCGGCGUUACUGGUAGUACGCUUGUGGGAGGUCUGAGUUGGCUGAGUCAAGAAUGGGGCAUGAUAUCCGAUCCGCAGAAUUUGUUGGACGCGCAGGUGAUAUUAUGGGAUGGUCGAAUCGUAUGGGCUGUUCAAGAUGGCUAUGAAGAUCUUAUGUGGGGAGUACGUGGUGGAGGAGGAGGAUUUGGUGUCGUCACGGCACUCAAAUUCCGCGCCCAUCCUGUCCCCAAAAACGCCUUUGCGGGGGUCAUCUUGCUCCCCUAUGAAUCUCUCCAAGCUACAUCCACCGCCGUCGCCAAGUUCUCCACUCUCCCUUCAAACCCCAAAACCGCCCUGCACAUCACAAAUCAGGGCCCCGGAAUGGGUCAACAAGACCAAGGGCCCCGGCCAGGCCUCGCUCUACUCCCCGUAGACUUCCUCGGCGAGGCCCACGCUCGUAGUGCUGAAGGUUUCGGAUGGAUCUACUCCCUCCCUGGCGCAAAAGAGCUUGUUUCCGGGGAGAUGAGUUAUCGCCAGGUCAAUGCGCUGGCGGAUAGCUUCAAAAGCUAUCAAGGGAAGAACAUGUUCUGGGCAUGUGCGCCGCUUUUGGAAGGGAGGUUAGAGGAGGGGAUUUUGGAGAGGGCUUGGACGUGGUAUGAGGAAUGUUAUGGGUUGGAAAAGGGGUUUGGGAGUGGGAGUACGGUGUUGUUGGAAUUCAUGCAGGAGAAAGCCUUCUCGUCUACUUCUGGGCGUGAGGCCACGGCUUGGCCGCAUUCGGGACAUAGACAUGUCAUGCAAUUAGUGCUUGGGUGUCGUCCGGAAGAUGCCUCUCCCGGUCUGGAGGAAGUUGUUAUGCGGCAGUUGGAGAAAGCUGGGAAAGAGAUUGGUCGGGAAAGAUUCACGGGAGAGUAUCAUCCGGGGUUCUUACAUUCUUGGAAUGAUGUGAAGGAGGUUUACGGGGACAAUUUCGAGAGGUUGGUGGUCGUGAAGGAAAAGUAUGAUCCGCUGGGCAGGUUUGAGGGGAACAUUGACUGGAAGAGGGGAAGGGUGAUGAUGAGGAAUGAAAUGUGA